CCCCCCCGCCCCCCAAAGCUAAAAGGCCGCACGUUUUUCGUCACCAGACGCGCUUUUAGAUCAUCGUAGACCCUUCAUUCCUAUCUCGUUUGCUGGAGCUCUCUGCAACAUGAAUAUCUUCAGGCUAACUGGUGACCUGUCCCACCUAGCAGCCAUCAUUAUUCUUCUGCUUAAAAUAUGGAAAACCCGCUCGUGUGCCGGAAUUUCCGGAAAGAGUCAGGUCCUGUUUGCGUUGGUGUUCACCACUCGCUACUUGGACCUGCUCACAUCCUUCAUCUCCCUCUACAACACAACCAUGAAGAUCGUCUACAUCGGCUGUGCAUAUGCCACCGUGUACCUGAUCUACCUGAAGUUCAAAGCAACUUAUGAUGGAAACCAUGAUACGUUCCGAGUGGAGUUUCUCGUCGUCCCCGUCGGCGGCCUCGCAUUUCUUGUUAAUCAUGACUUCUCUCCUUUGGAGAUCCUGUGGACUUUCUCUAUCUACUUGGAGUCUGUGGCCAUCCUGCCACAACUCUUCAUGAUCAGCAAGACGGGCGAGGCCGAGACCAUCACCACCCACUACUUGUUCUUUUUGGGACUCUACAGAGCUCUAUACCUUGUUAACUGGAUAUGGAGGUUCUACUUUGAAGGAUUCUUCGACAUGAUUGCCAUCGUUGCAGGGGUGGUGCAAACCAUCCUCUACUGCGACUUUUUCUACUUGUAUGUAACAAAAGUUCUGAAAGGAAAGAAGCUCAGUUUGCCUGCCUAAGUGCCUGCCACAAAGGAGUGUACUGGCAGACUGAAAGAGGGGGACUGGCUGGGAGGAGGAGAUGCAGUGGACACCUCUGACCCCUAGUUUCCCCCGUACCACAAUUUCUUGCUCUUCCCCUCCGGCCAGAGUAAGAUGCCUGAGACAGAAAAAAAGUAGGAGUGGCUGGCUGCAUCGUCUUCUGACCAGCUUCAAAACAUCUGCAGAAUCUAGUCCGGGCUUGCUGGGUAUCUGUUUGACGCAUCUUGCAUUAAUUUGUUUUUUUAUUACUUUGUAUAAAAUGGGGUGGGAAACAUUUUCUACAUUAAAAAAAAGUUCUCUGAAAAUAUGUAAGAUUUUGUUUCAUUUACAAAUUCAUUUGGCCUUGUAUAAUAUUGAAAUGGUUACGUGGGAUAUAAUUCAGUUUGAGAUUUUAUGUACAUUCUAAAUGCAGAUUCCUUCACUUUUAUGUUAGGAGAAAGGAAAUACGUACAAACUUACUGUAAUUGUAUUCAGUUUUAGCACAAUUGUUUCCCCCAUUGUAUGACAGUAACAAUUUGCUGAGUGGGGAAAAAGCAUAAUUGGAGUUUAGGAGUAGUAUAUUAUUGAAAUUCUUUCGCAGUUGAUCAGUAUCAGUUGUGUUCUAUCAUGCCACGUUGUUGCGUAAUUGCUGAAAGAAAUGUUGCACAUUUCCUUAAAAAUCACAGUAAGCACUUCUAAAGCUAAAUGGCUUUCUCCAGACAGCAAAUUCACUAAAUUUUCUAGUGAAAUACCUAUUUACUGUUAGAAAAUGCAGAUUUAUAUUUUUGUUGGGUGCAGAUAUUUAUGUUCAUCUUAUAACUCGUUUGUAAUGAACAAGAGUCAGAAUUGUCCCACUGUUGUGUAUAAUUGUAACUUUUAGAGCACUCUUCAGCUCUCAUUUGCCUUUGGUUUUACAGUGUUCAUUCAUGCAAACAAUUGAAGACCUUUUGAAAUUAUCCGAGCAGUUUCCACAUCAAUGCCACCACAAAUAAAGAUAAUAAAAUAA